GAUUCGAGAGAGCACAAGUCGCAAUUUACUUUUCAUUCAUCAUUCUCAAUAUUGAAGUUUGGUAUUUGAACGUUGAAGCUUACAUCUUCGACUUUUAAAGGAUUGUUGACGCUAUUUUAGUGUUUGUUUGCUGUUUUGUUCACUUCAAAUCUGUGGAUUGGCUUCUUUCAAAAUGAUGACAUCCAAAGGCAACAACUUUGCUUACAUGCCCAACACAUCGGACGUUGACCCGGAUAUGCUGCUGAACUGCCCGUAUGACAUGGCACAUAGAAUACUUGCCAAGCGUUUCCCAUACCAUGUCAUGAAAUGUAGAAAGAAUCACAUUCUAGCCAACAUGAGCAUCUGUCCCUUUAAUGCCAGACAUAUCAUCCCUAUAUCUGAGCUAAGACACCAUGUUGCCAACUGUCUUGAUCGCAGCACAAUUGAACCAGACAUUGCGUAUGCUCAAGCACCUGAUGGCAGUUAUAUGAAGGGAGAUACCUCGGUACCGAGUUACCAUCAUGAAUAUCAUCCACCCUCAACAGAAAACUGGGACGCAGAAGUGUCAAAUUCAAGCAGAAUACACGUAGAGGAAGAGAAUCCUAAUAUCAUACACAACUUGGUCGGAAUGACAAGAUCUCAAAGAAGAGAGUUCAGUAAGAAGCUAGUGGAAGUCAGCAAAAAUAAUGGAGUAGUAACUGACUCUGAAGAAAACCCAACCAUGGAGGAACCUGAACAACCCAUGGAGGGAAUAAGACGACCAAAGCAGAUCCCUAAAGCAGCUUCACUUCAUACUAAUGAUCAAAGAGCAGCACAAUUUGGGAUGUCAAACUCAGUUGAUGGGACUCAACCAAGACUCCAUGGAUUGGGAAGAUCUAUGCUGGUGCCUAAUAAUAACACCUCAGUACCGAGACCAGGAACGACUGUACAGGGACGUGCCAUUGCUGCCAACAUUUUCAACUCCAAAAAUCCACAGCAAGAGUCCUCACCAAAAAAAGCUGAGGUGGAGACUAGACGUGCUCCUACUGUCUCCAUGGCUCCAACGAACGUGGUACCCACUCUACCAGUCAAAAGUGCUUCUACCCCUAACCAGUUUAACAACACCCCACUCAGCCAGGUACCCAGUCUGGCUGGGCUCGGGAGGGGACUGGGCGCACCAAGGGGCGGUAACAGACCUGGCCUUGGAAUGCCUGCUGUGGGUCAUCAGUCAAGGACCCAGGCAUAUAGCAUGGCCGAUCCACUCCUAUAGCUUCAUGUGGUGAAACUUGUGAGAUGUUCUCAGAGCAAAAUAAAGAAGAGAGAAUGACCCUUAGAAAGAAGAAGUGGUCAAGGAAGAAAGAGUUUAGAGAACGACCCUUCAGAAGAAGGUUGGGGUCAAGAAGGAAAGAGUGAAUGCAAGUAUUAACUUAUGCCAAAAAGUAUUUGGACUUUUUUUUUUUACUUGUAUUUAUUUCUGUUAGCACACACUUGUUGAGAUUUAUUUGUGUGUUUAUUUUUCGGUGCUGUGCCGUUAUACUUUGUUGGAGCGCUUUAUUCAUUCAUUUUUAUUUAUUCAUAAUUUUUUAUUUUUUUGACUAUUGGCGUGUUUAUAAAGUGUAUACUUUGUAUACUUAAAUAUUCAAGAUACCAGUAGGUGGGAAAAAGUCCCACAUUACAAUUAGUUGAAGUCAUUUAUGCUUUUAGAUCUUCAUUUUCUUUAUUUGACUGUUUAUUAAAGUUCCAACUUUUGAAACACAAUAUGUUAAGAGCUCAAGUGGGGAUGAAACUUAACACUUUCCUUUUCAUUAAAAAACCUCUGCGAUGUCAUGUUAAAAUUAAAAUAAAAAAAAGGAACAGCUGAAAAUCAAGUUAAUAGACAAAUUCCAAUAAAGAACUGUACUAGAAAGUUAACUAACAGCAUUUUAUUUCUUGAUCUUAAUGUAAAAGGCGAGGUAUACUUUUUAGUAAAUAUCAAAGACCAGUAUCAUCACUUCUCAUAACCAAACAUGCAUAAAAUAACAAUCUAGUGAUAAAUUGGGCUCAAUUAAUCAUUAAAGUUUAUAGAAAAUGAUGGAAGAAAAAUGUUUUGCUUUUAGAUGCCUGAGAAUGGCUUCAUGCCUGAAGCCUUACUCAGAUUCAAU